CUGGAGGUGGCAAGCUACGCGCUCUGCUGAGGCGCGCGGGCCCACACAGACAGCGCGGCACUCGGCCACCACGAGCGGCCCACCGCCGGACCCCCCAAUCGAGCCGCGCGGACGGCGGGAGAGGACGCUCCCCGUCAGGCCCGGCCCGCCGGCCGUGCGUGUGAGCUCCUGCGCGCGCCAGAGAGUCGCCGAGCGCCGCAGCACCGGCUGACACGCCGCGACCCCGGCGGCGCAGGUGCGCGCCUGCAGCACGAUGGCAGCUUACGGCGGCUACUACACACGGCAGGAGCAAGAGGACGCGAUGGCGGCGCGGAUCGACAACCCCAACCGCGUCGGCUCUGGCUUUAUCAACCUGGGGCCGCAGCAGCGGGCGCCCGCCGUGGCCAACACGAACUGGCAGACCGGGUCGCUGCUCGGCGGCGGGCCUGGCGUCGCCCACGCCGCGCCUCCGGGCGUGUCAGACAUCUGGAACAACGCGCCGCAACCGCCGCAACCGCCGCCGCGCGCGCCGCCGCCGCCCGCGCCUAUGGGGAUGCCUCCGGGCAUGGGAGCGGGCGGCUUCGGGCGGACCGCAGCGGAGCAGGCCAACCUGGGUCUGGGCUUUGAGAACUUGAGCAUGGGCGGCGGCGCCGGCAGCGCCGGCGCUCCGUACCCCGGUGCGCUCGGCGUCGGGCUAGGCGAGGUUCCGCGGCGCUGAUGAGCCUGCUACAGACGCCGACGCCGAACCCGACGCCGGCCGCACUCAACUCGGCCUUUCGCGCGCGUUUGCCAACCCGGCGAUACCGCAAGCCGUGCCGCCC